GUUGAAGCCAACUGUUACGUUGUAAACUUUAAAUACAUACUACGGUCAUAAUACUUCUGCACCACAUACUUUUCUUGUGAUAAGAUGAGGUAGAUAAGCAAGGUUCUAUAAUUCAAAUAAGUAAUACUAUUAGUGAUUAAGCUCACAGUUUUAAAGGUUUGAAUUUGGUAGCCAAACCAUGUGUAGCUAUGAGAAUUUACCAAACCAUGAACUUGAUAACCUGAAACGAGAUCAUGAAGUAGUUAUAGUUAUGGUUCCAUUUCCAGCUCAAGGCCAUCUCAAUCAACUUCUUCAACUUGCCUGUUUAAUCUGCUCAUCAUAUGAUCUUCCAGUCUAUUAUGUUGGCUCAUCCACUCAUAACCAACAAGUUCGGAUUCGAGCAAACGCCUUAAAUCCUUCAGACACAGCCAAAAUCCACUUCCAUGACAUUCCAACUCCUGAAUUUGCCUCACCUCCACCUAUCUUUAAUGCCUCAAGCAGAUCCCCAUCACAUCUUCUUCCAUUAUGGGAUGCAUCUAUGCUUAUGCGCGAGCCCAUUGCUUCCUUUUUACGCAAUAUCUCCUCAAAAUCGAGACGAGUCAUUGUUGUUCAUGAUCCUUCUAUGUCAUUUACUGUUCAGGAUGUUUCUUCCUUUCCCAAUGCUGAAUCGUAUAUAUUUAAUUGCAUUUCAGCUUUCAAUUUGUACUGUUUUAUGUGCUUAUUUAGUGGAAUGCCUAUCAAUAUUGGAGAAGAAUUACUUAAAAAGCUACCGUCCCUUGAAGGAACGAUGACUGAUGAACUCAAAAACUUUAUAGCUCUUCAGGUUCCAUUUAUGGAUAUUAAAUCAGGUGAUAUCCAUAAUACAAGCAAAGUAAUUGAAGGAAAGUUUCUUGAUUUGUUGGCACAAGUAGGAAGUAAACAACAAUGGGCAAUUGGACCAAUUCUGCCUACUAAACUCCAUCAUACCUCAAAUAGCAGCAAUGUAUGUUUGGAGUGGCUGAACAAACAACCUCCGAGAUCAGUUCUUUAUAUAGCAUUUGGAACAACAACUACAUUUUCCGAUAGAGAAAUCAUGGAGCUCGCGAUGGGAUUAGAACAGAGCAAACAGAAGUUCAUAUGGGUGUUAAGAGAAGCUGAUAGAGGAGAUAUCUUUACCGGGGAAGCUAGAAAACUCGAGUUGCCAGAAGGAUUUGAGGAAAGAGUAAAAGGAGUCGGGUUAGUGGUGAGAGAAUGGGCACCACAACCCGAAAUCCUGGCACAUUCUUCCACAGGCGGGUUCAUGAGUCAUUGUGGCUGGAAUUCCUGCAUAGAGAGUAUUUAUAUGGGGGUACCAAUAGCUGCUUGGCCUAUGCACGGUGAUCAGCCAAGAAAUGGUUUCUUAGUGACGGAAAUAUUGCAAAUAGGCAUGAUUGUGAGGGAGUGGGACAAACACAGGGAGCUAGUAAGUGCAUCCACUAUUGAGAAUAUCGUGAGGAAGUUGAUGGCAUCAGAAGAAGGUGAUUCAAUUAGGAAAAGAGCAGAAGAAUUGAGAGAAACUGUAAGGCGUUCCACAGAGAAAGGGGGUUCUUCUCGAAUAGAGUUGGAUUCUUUUAUCGGGCAUAUCACAAGAUAGACUUGCUUUCACCAUAAUUUUCAAGUAUUUUAAUUAAAUCUCAUUUUCAUUUUAAGUUUAGGUUCAGUAUCUGAAACUUUUUAUGCCUAUCAGUGAGAUGAUUGCUUUGUAAUUCUCAGUUGUUUGAAUAUGCUAAAUAUAUUAAAUAGUCCAUAAGACAAACUAUGUAUGUUUUUUGUUAUUCUGUAUACUGGAGCAUUACAAGA